GACAGCCAACUCCCUCCUCCAUGACCGCCAUCAAGUACCACCCUGUACACGACCACCUACCACCCAAGACACCACAAAGUGAUCACGCUCCACAUCAGACUACACCAUGGGACCCUCAUCAUCCCCCGAAGAUCUCGUCCAGCUCCUCAGCAAGCUGUCGGUUGGCCGCGAUUUCAGACGCCGACCUAGGGGCUGCCCGCGACCUGGCGUGUUGCAGCUAUCCAACGGCACAGACAUACACAACCUUACCGUUCCCACCGACGAGCUUUCAGGAAGACGCUUUGAGAAAAAGACAUACGACACAUUGCCCAGGAUCUACUACCAACCUCAACUCCCCAUGCCUCCGCGCCCAGCAGGUCUCUGUUAUCCCGGGAACAACGACUUCAUCGGACUUCCGACCAUCUCUUCACUUUUGGCUCUUCCAAGAGUAUUUCCCGCCCAUCAAGGGUUUACCGAGUGCAGCUCGCCCGUUAUCGAGCAUGUCAAGUACUCAGGCUAUGCGGCCCUGGGCUUCUGUGUGAGAGAUGCCCGUGUUGACCCAGCUACCACGGUCCCUCCUUGUACCCUAGACCCCCAACUGGCGCACAACGGAGUGGUACGAACAUGCGCCGACCGUACCCAUCUCGAGCCACACAAGUUGUGCGGUCACUGCAGCGAUCAAAGCAGACUGCUAGUGCUCAACGGCCUACCGGAAUGGUUCACGAACGACCAGAUCGCAAAAUCGCGCGCCUUCCUUUGCGCGCCUUGUUCGGCGCAGGAGGCACAACAGGAAUCUCGCUGGGCCGAAGCCGAAGCGGCACUGGGACGGGACCCGGAGCACCUGGAGAACCUCAAGAAAGGUUAUGAGCAUGGAGCCAUUACCGAGAACAUGAUGCGCUACCACGACGACACAUCAUUCCCUGUCGCGACGCCUCCCACUUCGGACUCGCUGGCGCAAGCUCUUGCCGACAAUACUCCCAGUAUGUUUCGAACAGCCAAGAAGCUUUUCCGAUGCUCCUGCAAGAAACUGGUCACGGCGGAUCUAUGUUUCGGCCACAGGCUGCUCAGGGCGGACCAAUUCCUUGAGCAAGUUCGUCGCAUGAACGAGUGGGUCCAGUUCCGCUUCAGUCUGGGUGAGCGGGACUACAAGCCGUGUCCCAAGUGCAUGGCUCGUCCCGGCGUCGACGCCCAUAAUUUCCAAAACAGAGAGGGAGGGGCAGAUCUAAGUACCAUUCAUUGGAUCUGUAUGUGUUGCCAGGAGACGGUCUCGAUGCCGCGCUAUGAGUUCUUCCAACAAGAUGGUGGUCUUGGCCAAGAGAAGAACGACAAAAGGUUGGCGGAGCUUUUGGGAGGACUCGGAUUAGGAAACAUCUGAUCGCCGAUGGUUGUUGGACGGACGUUCAGGAAGCAGCCCAUUGCCGAUACCUACAAGAAACUCGAGUGCUGGUCGACUCCGAAAACAAACAUCUGUGCUGAAUUAGUAAAACUUGUUCAUUAAGGGAUUGCGAUGUGGGAUUGGGACUUGGGAGGAGACUGGAGACCGGGACAAAAGCAUGUACUCAUCGCAGGACCCAGGGAGAUUAUGGGACCGCAUUGUUGGGAGAAUUUGGAGAAUCGGAGUUGUACGAAGGAUCAAUGGGUUUUAUUAUGAAGUCUUUGGGCAAGGCUGAGCUGUGAUUCUGGGACAUAAAUGGUGUAUGGACAAUGGAGUUCUUGGCUGGCUUGGGGUUUCUGAGCAUGGGUGAGCGGGGAUAUGGCGAAACUUCCUAUUUCUGUCAGUAUUCCUUUUCCAGCAUGCCUUAUGGAUCGCUCUUAUACCCUAUGUUGAAUUGAACAUUCCUCGAAAUCAGUUCAUUGUGG